UUUGUUUGUAACUGUGUUAGUGACAAGAAUGACACAUGUGUAAUAUAACCUAAAACACGAAAUGAAAAUGUGCCACAAAAGUAAAAACGGGGCUCAAAAUGAUGAAAUCGAGUCCGAUUCGGACGAUUCUGACGUCAGCAUGUCGGAUUCGGACGAAUCGGGAGACGACGUUGUCGAAAGUGACGCUGCAGAUGAACAACCCCCGGAAGACCCUGUCGACGAAGAAGAAGAAGAUGAGGUGAUUAAAGCCAUACGAGGUGCUUCGGAAGCCAAGCGGGACCACCCUCCGGUUAUCCACUGUGAAGACUUUAUCACAGAUCUGUGUUUCCACCCCCAUGAAGAUUUACUAGCUGUUUCAAACAUUGUCGGUGAUGUGGUUCUUUACAAAUACACCAACGAUGAAAACUCCAUCGUACGGACACUAGAAGUGCACACGAAAGCUUGUCGCGACAUCGAGUUCAGCGAAGACGGUAAAACUCUGUUUUCGGCGUCCAAAGACAAGUCGGUCAUGCUAAGCGACGUCGAAAGUGGCAAACUGGUUCGGUUUUUCGACGAAGCGCACGACGCCCCCUUGUACUGUCUUCUAGUAAUCGAUGAGAAUUUAUUCGCGACGGGGGACGACGACGGGUGUGUGAAAUUGUGGGACUUGAGGCAAAAUUCCCCCAGUCCGGUUUACAAAACGAAGAAAAAUGAGGACUACAUCAGCGAUAUGGUCACAAACGAGCGGAAGAAUUUUUUGUUGUGUUCUAGCGGCGACGGGUCGCUUACAACCAUCGAUUUGAACAACAGGAAAGUUCACAUGCAGUCCGAGGAAUAUGAGGAGGAAUUAACUUGUUUGGGUCUGUUCCGGUCGGAAAGCAAACUCCUGGCGGGGUCUUCCAAAGGCAAGCUUUUUUUGUACAAUUGGAACGAGUUUGGUCUGCACAGUGACCUGUUCCCGGGGACGAAAUCAGCGAUUAACGACUUGAUUCCGAUUACGGAGAAUAUUGUGGUGACAGCCUGUGAGGACGGGGUAUUGAGGGCCACACAUUUGUUUCCACAUAGACACCUGGGGGUCGUCGGACAGCACGACUUGUCGGUGGAAAAAGUGGACAUCUGCAACAACGGCGACUUCGUGGCGUCCAGCAGCCACAAUAACGAUAUCAAAUUUUGGAAUAUUAGGUACUUCGAGGACUUUGAAAAAGUGAGCCAUAAACACAAAAAGCACGAAAAGAAGAAAGAGUUGCAGAACAAUUUGCCGUCGUCGAAGGUGCAAAAUGUGUCCGAUUUUUUCAGCGGAUUAUCGUGAAUUUGUAUGAUUUUCUGUAAAUAAAGUUUUCAACAACAA